CCGAUCUCAUCCUCCUAAACUCAGUACGUUCAUAUUCGCAAAAACCCAAACCAUACAUAUUCAGCCACAAAUAUCACAAACAAAUGUCUUCUUCGGGGAUAAAGCGAACAAUUCCAACCAGGGAGAUCCUCAAAGCCACAGAGGGCUUCGCAAACCAAAUUCCGGGAGGAGGUGGGGUCUAUGCGAGGGUCUACUUUGCGAAACUCGGUGAACAGUGGCAAAACCAAACCGCUGCUGUCAAACGCUUUAUUCAGGGUGUUCACAAAGUAAAGGAGGAGUUCAAUAACGAGCUUCAGGUGGUUUCAACACUCCACCAUGAAAACAUCAUCGGCUUCAUUGGCUACAAUGAUCAAUACAAUUCGAUGAUGUUAGUUUAUGAAUACGCUGUCAAUAGAAGCCUUUACGAUCAUCUGGUAGACCCCAUGAAGAGGAUUUGGUUAACGUGGGGGAUUCGUCUGAAUAUUUGCAUAGAUGCAGCAAAGGGUCUCAACUAUCUACAUUCGGGUCUUGGGAAGGACAAAAGGGUAAUUCACAGAUCUGUGAACCCGACACAUAUAUUACUAGGUGAGUAUAUGGUAGCCAAAGUUUCGGGUUUCCGUUUGUCACUAUCGGGCCCCAGAAAUAAGCUAGAUGAUACUCCAGUCGAGACAACUGUUGAUCUGGGUGACAAAUAUUACCUAGAUCCCAUUUACAAUGAAAGUCGCAUCCCUACAACAAAAUCAGACGUUUACUCGUUUGGAGUGCUACUUAUUGAAAUGGUGACUGGUAAGCUUGCUAAAGACACCAUCACUGGUUUUGGUCCUCCACAAACACUCAUAGAUUGGAUCCGUAGCAACUAUGAUGAUGGGCUAGAUAAAAUAGUCGAUUAUCAUAUUAAAGAUCAAAUUAAGAUCGAUUCUUUCCAUGAGUUUAAGGAACUCGCUUAUCGAUGCAUUAGUUUGAACUCAAACGAUCGCCCUACCAUGCACCAGGUUAUGAAGAGGCUUAAGGAAGCACAAAAUAUCCAAAUCCAUGGACCAACUUUUACAAAAGUCACUAAGCGUAGCCACAAACAUGAACAACUAGAAAGUUGGUUAAUUCCACUCAAAGAAAUCAAGUUGGCAACCGAAAACUUCAAUCCUAUUACUAAGAUUGGAGAAGGUGGAUUUGGGAAUGUCUACAAAGCACAACUCUCUGAACGCUGGGAAAACUGCACAGUGGCCAUCAAACAUCUUGACCCAAAAAGUCACCAAGGAAAAAAGGAGUUCCUUACUGAGAUUAAGUUGAUUUCAAGCUUCCACCAUCAAAACAUCAUUCCAUUCGUUGGUUACUGUGAUGAAGAGAAAGAGAUGAUCAUAGUGUAUGAGUAUGCUAAUAAUGGUAGCCUUGAUCAUCAUCUCCAUGACCCCAUUAAGAGGGGUCUCAUAACAUGGUCACAACGCCUCAAGAUUUGCUUAGGAGCUGCAAAUGGACUUGAAUACCUCCACUCGGGUCAAGGUGACUUCACAAGAGUAAUACAUAGAGACAUCAAGUGUGGAAACAUACUCUUGGAUGAAAAUAUGCAUGCAAAAAUUUGCGAUUUUGGUUUGUCAAAAGAAGGCCCCAGAAAUCAGCAACACACGCAAAUCUAUACUAAAGCUUCGGGUACCAACUUCUAUUUGGAUCCUCUUUACCAAGAAAGUGGCAUCCUGAGAAAAGAGUCUGACGUGUACUCAUUCGGUGUUGUGUUGUUUGAAAUAUUGAGUGGGAGACCCACAUAUAAGCCUACAAAGUUUGUCGACGGUAACCCACAAUUUCUGAUAAAUCUUGUCAGACGUUACUAUAACGAUGAACCUGAGAAAUUAAUUGAUCCGGCUAUAAAAAAUCAAGUUGAUAGCCGAUGUUUUAAUAUGUUCAAAGACCUUGCAUACCAAUGCAUAAGUUUGGAGUCAGAGGAACGCCCUACCAUGGAGACAAUCAUUGACAUACUUGAAGAUGCAAUCGAUUUUCAAGAUGAAAAUAAAAAUGAUGUUGAGAAAGCAACUUUCGGCUGCUGUUGUUUGCAAUGAUGAAUACGGAGUAGAAAAGAUACAAGUCGUUUAAUUGUUUUUUUUUUUGGAAUAUUUCGAAAGCUUAUCAUCUAGAAAAGCGAGGUGGGUUACAGAGAAAGAAGAGAACUCGCGAGUAGGGUUUAAGUUUUUGGACAAUGAUUGCUAUUGUAAUGUACGCUAGGCCCUAAAAUAAGUUAUAGUAGAUGGCUAAUAUAAUCCGGUUUUGUAACCGGGGUCAUAUGCAGUCAAGUCAUUUCCAAAACUCUAAUAAAAUCCAAUUAUACAGUGGAA